UCUCUAGCAAAACCAGAGAAGAAGAAGAAGAAGGAAGCGGAGGAAGAAGAAGCAGCAGCAGCAGCAGCAGCUCGAAGAAUUACCGCCGGACGAGAAUGGCCGCGAGCCUGCAAGUCGCCAUGGCCUCUCUAAUCCCGCCUUCGACCUCGUCGCCCAUCGGAGGAGGAAGGAGGAGAGGAAGGAGCGUCGACGGCGCCGGCGCCGCCGCUGGGGCCGUCCGCUGUUCCGCAAUCAGCUCCAAGAGCUCAUCCAAGCUCCCCCUGCCGCCAAUCAACCCUAAGGACCCCUUCCUGUCGAAGCUGGCCUCCGUCGCCGCGGCCUCGCCGGAGUCGCUGCUCGACCGCCCCACCGUGAGCUCCGACACGCCCCCGUAUCUGGACCUGUUCGAGUCCCCGACGCUCAUGGCGACGCCUGCUCAGGUGGAGAGGUCAGUUUCGUACAAUGAGCACCGACCGAGGAGGCCUCCACCAGAUUUGCCUUCACUGCUUCUCCAUGGAAGAAUCGUUUACAUUGGCAUGCCGUUGGUGCCUGCAGUCACAGAGCUUGUAGUUGCAGAAUUGAUGUACUUGCAAUGGAUGGAUCCAAAAGAACCAAUAUAUCUUUACAUAAAUUCUACUGGAACAACCCGUGAUGAUGGUGAGACGGUGGGCAUGGAGACCGAGGGCUUUGCCAUUUAUGAUGCAUUGAUGCAACUAAAGAAUGAGAUACAUACGGUUGCCGUAGGUGCAGCUAUAGGACACGCCUGUCUGCUACUUGCUUCAGGAUCUAAGGGUAAAAGGUUUAUGAUGCCACAUGCCAAAGCGAUGAUCCAGCAACCUCGCGUCCCAUCCUCUGGAUUGAUGCCAGCCAGCGAUGUUCUUAUCCGUGCAAAAGAGGUGAUAACCAACAGGGAUACUCUUGUAAAGCUUUUGGCUAAGCACACUGGGAAUUCCGUAGAGACUGUAGCCAAUGUCAUGAGAAGACCUUAUUACAUGGACGCCACUAAGGCCAAAGAAUUUGGUGUCAUUGACAAGAUUCUUUGGCGUGGUCAGGAGAAGAUAAUGGCAGAUGCAGCCCCUCCUGAAGAGUGGGACAAGAAUGCUGGCAUUAAAGUUGUAGAUGGAUUCUAAAAUUUUUCCAAUUUUCAGAUGGACGAUUUUAUUGCAGGAAACUGUGCAAUAAGGAACUAUGCAUACUAAACUCAACUAUGGAGCAUCCCUGCAGGAGAAUAACUGCCGUUUGUAAUUAGCAGCUCUCCUGGAAAUUUUCGACGUGUUGAUCAUAUGACGAUCAUAUGGACAGUUCGCCAGUGCACGAACAACAGAUCGUGGAUAGCGCAUAUAAUUAGUUUCAUUUUAGCUUCAAAUGGGGUAUUAGUUGGCCUGUAACAAUGCUUCAGCCUAUUGAAUUCUUUUUCGUUUCUUC